AAGAGGAGAGCGGGCGAGCAGUUCCUCCUCCGCAGCGGUGCAGCCGCGGUCCCCGGCACCGACGGGCCGCGGAGACGCGCGGGGCGUGCUCGGGAGCGCAAAGUUGGGCGCCCGCCGGGUCGCGGAGGAGCGGUUCCGUUUGGCAGCCGGGCGGGCUGGCACGCCGGAGCGCUCGGGCCCGAAUUAGUGCAUUGAUCAGGACUCGCCCUGCCUUCCCCGCACGCCCGCCCGCCGGUCCGCACGUCGCCCGCCGGGUGGCCCAGACGGUCGCGUCCACUCGGGGCCGCCGAGACCCGCCGAGCCUGGCCCGCAGCUCCCCACCCCCGAGCGGCAUGCACGGAAUCCGGAGGCGCCUGCCCAGCGCGCGGGGACCGCUCGCCGCUCGCCGCCCUCGGGAGCCCACCCCGAGCCCCUCCAGCCGUUGGUGAAGCUGGAGGCUUGUGAGAAUUCAGGAGCGCCGAGCCCCGGACCAGAAAUUUCAAUGAAAAGAAAAGCCAAUGGAUCGUGGUCUUAGCAAAACGGCUUAGAAAUGUCUGUUUCCUGUGCUAUAAACACGUGGCAGAGCUGUAAGUAAAUGCUCGGCGCUGCAUGAUGAAUUGGAUGACUGCAGACCGGAGGCAAAAAAAAUAAUUGUCUCAUUUUCGUGGUGAUUUGCUUAACUGGUGGGACCAUGCCAGAACGGCUAGCGGAAAUGCUCCUGGAUCUCUGGACUCCAUUAAUAAUAUUAUGGAUUACUCUGCCCCCUUGCAUUUACACGGCUCCGAUGAAUCAGUCUCAAGUUUUAAUGAGUGGAUCCCCUUUGGAACUAAACAGGCUAAGUGAAGAACAGCGAAUUUUAAACCGCUCCAAAAGAGGCUGGGUUUGGAAUCAAAUGUUUGUCCUGGAAGAGUUUUCUGGACCAGAACCAAUUCUUGUUGGCCGGCUACACACAGACCUGGAUCCUGGGAGCAAAAAAAUCAAGUAUAUCCUAUCAGGUGAUGGAGCUGGGACAAUCUUUCAGAUAAAUGACAUAACAGGAGAUAUCCAUGCUAUAAAAAGACUUGACCGAGAGGAGAAGGCUGAGUACACCCUAACAGCUCAGGCAGUGGACUGGGAGACGAACAAGCCUCUUGAGCCUCCUUCUGAAUUUAUUAUUAAAGUUCAAGACAUCAACGACAAUGCACCAGAGUUUCUUAAUGGACCCUAUCAUGCUACUGUGCCAGAGAUGUCCAUUUUAGGUACGUCUGUCACUAAUGUAACAGCUACUGAUGCUGAUGACCCAGUUUAUGGAAAUAGUGCGAAGUUGGUUUAUAGUAUCUUGGAAGGGCAGCCUUAUUUUUCCAUUGAGCCUGAAACAGCGAUUAUAAAAACUGCCCUUCCCAACAUGGACAGAGAAGCCAAGGAGGAGUACCUGGUUGUCAUCCAAGCCAAAGAUAUGGGUGGACACUCUGGUGGCCUGUCUGGGACCACGACCCUCACGGUGACCCUUACUGAUGUCAAUGACAAUCCUCCUAAAUUUGCUCAGAGUCUGUAUCACUUCUCAGUACCAGAAGAUGUGGUUCUUGGCACAGCAAUUGGAAGGGUGAAGGCCAAUGAUCAGGAUAUUGGUGAAAAUGCACAGUCUUCUUAUGACAUCAUUGAUGGAGAUGGAACUGCACUUUUUGAAAUCACUUCUGAUACCCAGGCCCAAGAUGGCAUUAUAAGACUAAGAAAGCCUCUGGACUUUGAGACCAAAAAAUCCUAUACGCUGAAGGUGGAAGCAGCCAAUGUCCAUAUUGACCCACGCUUCAGCAGCAGGGGACCCUUUAAAGACACGGCCACCGUCAAAAUCGUUGUUGAGGAUGCUGAUGAGCCUCCGGUCUUCUCGUCACCAACAUAUCUCCUGGAAGUCCAUGAAAACGCUGCUCUCAACUCCGUCAUUGGGCAAGUGACUGCGCGUGACCCUGAUGUCACUUCUAGUCCUAUCAGGUUUUCUAUCGACCGGCACACUGACCUGGAGAGACAGUUCAACAUUAAUGCAGAUGAUGGGAAGAUAACACUGGCAACACCACUUGACAGAGAAUUAAGUGUAUGGCACAACAUAACAAUCAUUGCCACCGAAAUUAGGAACCACAGUCAGAUAUCACGGGUACCUGUUGCUAUUAAAGUGCUGGAUGUCAAUGACAACGCCCCUGAAUUCGCAUCCGAAUAUGAGGCAUUUUUAUGUGAAAAUGGAAAACCCGGCCAAGUCAUUCAAACAGUGAGUGCCAUGGACAAAGACGAUCCCAAAAAUGGACACUAUUUCUUAUACAGUCUUCUUCCAGAAAUGGUCAACAAUCCAAACUUCACCAUCAAGAAAAAUGAAGAUAAUUCCCUCAGCAUUUUGGCAAAGCAUAAUGGAUUCAACCGUCAGAAGCAAGAAGUCUAUCUUUUACCAAUCAUAAUCAGUGAUAGUGGGAAUCCUCCUCUGAGCAGCACCAGUACCCUGACCAUCCGGGUCUGUGGCUGCAGCAGCGAUGGUGUUGUCCAGUCUUGUAAUGUUGAAGCUUAUGUCCUUCCGAUUGGACUCAGUAUGGGCGCCUUAAUUGCCAUAUUAGCAUGCAUCAUUUUGCUGCUAGUUAUCGUGGUGCUGUUUGUAACUCUGCGGCGGCAUAAGAACGAGCCAUUAAUUAUUAAAGAUGAUGAAGAUGUGCGAGAAAACAUCAUUCGUUAUGAUGACGAAGGAGGAGGAGAGGAAGACACCGAGGCUUUUGACAUCGCCACUUUACAAAAUCCAGAUGGAAUUAAUGGCUUUUUACCCCGUAAGGAUAUUAAACCAGAUUUGCAGUUUAUGCCAAGGCAAGGGCUCGCUCCAGUUCCGAAUGGUGUUGAUGUUGAUGAAUUUAUAAAUGUGCGGCUCCAUGAGGCAGAUAAUGACCCCACGGCCCCACCAUAUGACUCCAUUCAGAUUUAUGGCUAUGAAGGCCGAGGGUCCGUGGCCGGCUCCCUCAGCUCCUUGGAGUCUACCACCUCAGACUCAGACCAGAAUUUUGACUACCUCAGUGACUGGGGUCCCCGCUUUAAGAGACUGGGUGAACUCUACUCUGUGGGUGAAAGUGACAAAGAAACUUGACAGUGGAUGAUAAAUAAAUCGAUGGAACUGAGCAUUCUGUAAUAUUCUAGGGUCACUCCCCUUAGAUACACAACCAAUGUGGCUAUUUGUUUUAGAGGCAAGUUUAGCACCAAUCAUCUAUAAACUCAACUACAUUUUAAUGUUGAACCAAAAAAAUUAUAAUAAAAUAAAAAGUAUAUGUUAGGAGGUGAUAAAUCUUGUGGAGUGUGAAUUAAAGUAUGUGGAGUGUCUAGAAGUCCUUGGAUAUUUUGAUAUAUAACUGACUACCACAGACAAAGAUUGGGAUCCUGGCUAAUCAUUAGAGAAAUGGUUUGCAAAGAGGAAAAAAAAUCAAAAUUAAAAGGUGCUUUCUUAGAAAAAAAAAUGGACCUGCAAGGAAUUUGCUGCUGAUAUGUGUCUUCUGCAAAGGAUUUUUAUAAAUGCAAAUGGUUUUUUUCCCCUUCGCCAAUAAGGAUCCCGCCACAAUUGAUAAAGCAAUACUUGGUCUGCUGUACAUUGUGACUUUUUGGAGUUUUGAGAGGCCUCCUAGAUUAUACGGUACGGUGACCACACAUUGUACAUAAUUGGUGGCCCCACUCAUCUGAGACUGAAUAGCAUCUUUAAAUAUUGUGUCAAGCCUUAAAAUAUUCACAUGUUCGUAAUCCAUUCCAGGGUGGGGGGUGCCAACCCAGUGGUGGGAGGAGAGAAAUCCCAUUCCAACAGGCUUGCUUUCUGGAAGCAGGAUUUCUCCUCACUCCCCCCACUUCAUCUUCUUCCACGAGGACACAAAGAUUUACUGUAUCACACAGUGGACUACAUAAGAGACAGAUGGUUUUAUUGCUAGCGCGUGAAUUUAUUUGUUUAAUCCUCAAAAUAAAUAUUUUAUUGAUGUCCAUUAAUGCUUUUAUUUAUUAAGGUUGGUAAUCUAUAGAUUAAGGGGCUAUAUGGGAAAUAAAACUAAAUUAUAUCCAUUAUAAUCCUUUAGAUUGUUUUUAUAUGAAUAUAUAUAUAUACAAUUGAAUGUUUAAUACAUGUACAUUUUGAUGAGAUGAGUAUGGCAGGCAAUAUUAUCAAAAGGGGAGCUAAUAGUCUCUUUAGAGUAGACAUGUGUUAUUGUGACUGGUGAUGGCAGGAACAGCAUUUUCCCAGAGAAAUUUUUGGACUGUUUUCUAUUUUGUUCAUAAUCCUAGUAUUUGGUGUUUUUACUACAAGCACAAACAUCUGAAAGUAUAUUGACUCAUGUGAAUAUUUAAGCGCUAGAAUUUUAGAUACCUGCCC